AUGAUGGCGUCGAGUCGUGGUUUCAUCCGUCGCUCAGUCUUUCUCGCCACAGCUUUAGCCAGUAAACGUAGCACUGUACACACUGCUUCCGUAUCAUUCAAGGUUUUUCAGCAUUUACAGGUGGCGCGAACGUUCGCUCAAAAUCGUCUUCAAAGCACUCAGACGACUGCUGGAAAUGAAGAACGACCCCAAUCUGAAUCAUCGGUGGACCUAGAGCAGCGUAUUUUGGCUAAGACAAUGGACAAUGUACCAGUGCAUGGAUGGACCGUUGAAGCCUUAGCAGCUGGUGCCAUUGACCUUGGCUAUCCAUCUGUGGCCCACGGGAUGUUCUCUCGAGGAGCUAUUGAGCUUGUUGAUUAUUUUAUGGACACGUGUCUCAACAAGCUACGUGAGACACUAAUUAACAACACGGAGAAGCUGCAGGCUAUGACCGUAGCUGAACGCCUGAAAUUUGGCGUCCGCACGCGUUUAGAAAUGUUGGAGCCAGUGCUGGCGACCUGGCCGCAAGGUAUGGCAAUUGGUGCGUUUCCGCAAAAUGCACCUGGUACUGCAAAGAGACUGGCAAAGCUUUCGGAUGAAAUUUGGUAUUUUGCUGGUGACAAGUCUACGGACUUAUCGUGGUAUACAAAGCGAGCCAUUCUUUCGGCCAUUUACGCCAGCACCGAGCUAUUUAUGCUAAACGAUAAAUCACCGAAUCGUCAAGAGACCUGGGAAUUUCUAGAUCGUCGUGUGGAUGAAACGAUUUCACUCGGAGAACUUCCUCAGAACCUAAAUGAUGCACUGAUAAUGGCUAAUAUUGGCCUUCAAUCCGUCUUUUCCGCUGUGACAUCGCUCGCAGGUCCCUUGCAAGCUAAAAAUCUUUGGCCAGUACUUGCUUCUGACUCUUUCAAAAUGGCUCGAGUAAAGACUUCAUCAGCUGCUACAUGUGCUUCUGACAAGCGAUAA